AUGGCCGACAGACCAGUCGCUACACGCACAGUAGCGCAAAAGCGGAUCUUCAUCUUCGACUCCCCCCGAACACGCUCGCAACUUUUCAACAAGAUAUUCGCUGUACACCCCCAGCUCCAUCAAAUCUUCCAUCCCUUCUACCCAGCCGGAAGCCUUGGGCCAGAGCGACUCAUUUGUCGAUUCCGGCAGUGCGAUGCAGCGGACGAGGUACAAAAGGUCCUUGCGGCGACCGAAGGGGCAGAACAGGAGACUUACCACAAAUGCAUGGAGAGCCUGAUUGAGAAUGUGAACCAAACUGAGACCGGAGGUGAGAAGGUUGUAUGGAUCAAGGAGCAUGUUGUGGCAUGUCUCCAGCCAGAGAUGAUCUCAGGUCUGAUCUCCGGAGAGACUGGUUCGCACGAUGGAUCGAAACACACAAACAUUUCUGUCAUGCCGGACGACUUCUUGGACACGCUCACACCAGUCUUUCUCAUCAGGCAUCCGGCCCUGAUGAUACCCAGCUGGUACCGGGCGCAAAGGCUGACUCUCCAAGAAGAGGUUUCCGACGAAUCUUUCCGCGUCUUCUCCUCACUCAAGUGGGCAAGGAUGAUGUUCGAACUCGUCCGCUUCCGAAGUGGCCGCUCACCUCUUGUUCUAAAUGGUGAGGACCUGGUCGCAAGGCCAGAUAUGAUUGUCCAGGAAGUUUGUCGCACUCUCGACCUGGACCCAAAGCAAGUACAACUGCAGUGGAAACCCGUUCCGAAGGACGAGCUAGAUGCAGCAGACUUCAUGCGACGACACUUCUUCGGAGAUCUAAUGACUUCAGAUCGCAUCAAGACAGGACAGGCUAAGCAAACAGUCGACCUGGACGAGGAGGAAAGAAGCUGGUCGGCCGAAUUUGGAGUGGAAGCGGCUACGACGUUGCGGCGACUAGUCGAUGAGAACAUGGAGCAUUAUGACUAUCUCAAUCAAUACGUGCCAAAGACAUAG